AUGACUCCAGUCGAACUAGAUGGCCUCACCAUCACACAUUCCUCCAACAGAACAGGCGCGCCAGAUCUGCGUCUGAUUCACUAUAACGAUGUGUACCACGUGGAAUCUGGUUCUGCUGAACCCGUUGGCGGCGUCUCCCGAUUCCAAUCUGUGAUCAACUACUAUCGCUCUCACCCGCGGUUUACCGGACUUCCCGACGUCCUGACCUUCUUCUCCGGCGAUGCCUUUAACCCCAGUCUCGAGAGCACAGUCACCAAAGGACGACAUAUGGUACCGUUCCUGAACAAAGCAGGGACGGAUGUAGCUUGUGUUGGGAAUCACGAUCUCGAUUUCGGUGUCGCACAGUUUCGUCAUUUGCGCAGCCAGUGCAGGUUUCCCUGGUUGCUUGCCAACGUUCUAGACCCGGCGCUGGGACCAGACGAGUCGAUCGCCAACUGCCAGAAGACGGUUAUGCUGACAUCGUCCAACGGACUCAAGGUUGGCGUUAUUGGGCUGGGAGAGCGAGAAUGGCUAGGAACCAUAAACUUCCUCCCUCCAGACCUGAUCUACAAAUCCGCCUCAAAAACCGCGUUAGAGCUCGCACCGAAACUGCGCCAACAGGGCGCGGAUAUUAUCAUCGCAGUCACCCACCAACGAGAACCGAACGACUAUAAACUGGCGCAGAAUCUUCCCCCUGGCACGAUAGAUCUCAUCUUAGGAGGGCAUGAUCAUUUCUACGGACAUGCGGUAAUCAACAACACCCAUAUCUUGCGGUCCGGCACCGACUUCAAACAGCUGAGCUAUAUCGAGGCGUGGCGAAAGACCGAUGGAUCGGGGUGGGACUUCGACAUCGUCCGUCGCGAUAUAGUUCGAUCGAUUCCCGAAGAUCCCGCCACCGUAGCCCUGGUCGGCCGAUUGACAUCGAGUCUCAAGGCGAAGCUGGAGAAGCCGAUUGGAUACACUGUCCGUCCGCUCGACGGCCGUUUCUCCACGGUUCGUCAGCAAGAGUCGAACCUCGGCAACUUUGUCUGCGACCUCAUGCGAUUCUACUAUGCCGCCGACUGCGCUAUGAUGGCCGGUGGGACGAUCCGCGGCGACCAGAUCUACCCACCCGGUGUGCUACGACUCAAGGAUCUGCUAAACUGCUUCCCCUUCGAGGAUCCGGUGGUCUUGCUCCGUAUCAAGGGCUCAGCGCUUAUGGACGCCUUAGAAAACGGCGUGAGCCAGCUUCCCGCCCUCGAGGGACGUUUCCCGCAGGUAUCCAACAUCUCCUUUAGCUACAACCCGUCUGCACCUCCUGGCUCGCGCCUCAACUGGGCCAAGGUAGGCGGAGAGUCGAUCGAGUUUGAACGGAGCUACGUCCUGGCCACGAGGGGCUACAUGGCACGCGGAAAGGACGGGUUCGCGUCCCUUCUCGUGCAGUCCGCCGGAGGCGAAGUGGAAGAGAUCGUCGACGAAGAGAACGGCGUGAUGAUCAGCACCAUCCUCCGCCAGUACUUCCUCAGCCUCCGGAUCCUGGGCAAGUGGCAGCGCUGGAGCAAGAGUUUAUCACGGCAUUGGGCAAAAGUCCACCAGAACCUCCACUGCGAGGGCUGGCUGAAACCCGCCUCCGCGCAACCCUCCCCGGUCUCCGAGAAGGUGCCCAGCUGGCCUUUGCCCUCGCGACCGAAUCUGAAACGCACGAAGCACUAUUACUACGGCCGGUUCGCCAAAAUCGAAGCCAACGGCCGCGAGGACGAGGGCACGAGCAUGGACUCGGACUCGGAUUCGGACCCGGACAUCUUAACCUCCCCACAGCCGACCACGAACUACGUCACCCUGCCUGCGCGCUCCUCCGCCGAGGAAGAGCAUCGGCUGCGGCUUGCGCGUCGGGCGGUCCGGAAAUGGAUGCGGGCCGCUGGGUUCGAGCCCACGACGCUCAACACGGCUGAUGAUGCUCAGGAGUUCACGCCGGCGUGGACGCCUGGCAUUGCGCCCAGAAUUGAGGGCCGCAUUGUUAUCGAGAAGUAG